CAUGUGAUUUAACGGUUAAUUGACGGAGAUCUUAACGAAAGGUUACGUUUGUUACGUUUUCAUAGUUCAAAGGUAUGUUUGUGCAAAACAAUAAUAGAGGGGCACGUUUGUUAACUUGCAAUAGUACAGAGCUACAAAACACUAUUAUCCCAUUUUAUUUUUUAAACCGAAAACGAAAUGGAAAGUGAACAUCACAUAAGAUUCACUGCAAAGUUUGGUGACUAUAAGCAUAAUUUUCCCCCAUUCCACCAAUACGAUACGAGCUGGACAAUGAAAUCUCAAGUUUGGGCUCAGCCCACUGCUAAGUCGUUGCUUCCGGCUCCGGGGUCGUAGCUCGGGAACCCUAAAAUAAGAGUCGCAGCGCCGCAGAUUGCCUGACGGACGGAGAAGAGGACACAGCCGUCGCCUGAUUUCUUUCGCUCCGGCCAGCUGCGAGAAAGGAAAAUCCGAGAAUUUGCCGGGAAUCUUGUUGAUUUCCUUGUUUUCAAUUGAAUCGGAUAUUGGGUUUCUGUCGAAUGGCGAUGAUUCGCUGCGAGAGCUCAGCCCAGUCGGGAACCCACUACGAGAUCCUCUCCGUAAAAGAAGGCGCCACCUACGACGAAUUACGCAGCGGCUACCGAUCUGCAAUCCUCAGCUCCCACCCCGACAAAUCGCAGCAGAACACCCCGGAUUACUCCGCCACCGCCAACCGGAAAUUCCUCCGAUUCCAGAGAGCAUGGGAGAUCCUGAGUGACUCCCGGUCGCGAGCGGCGUACGACAAACGAGCUCCUGGCGUCGAGACGGCAGCAGGACGCCAGCGUUUCGGGAGACAUCGAUUUGAAUGAUGUGGGGGUUACGGUGGUCGAGGAAAGAGGCGGCGGCGGCGUGGUGGUGGAGCUUUGUUAUGAUUGCCGGUGUGGGGAUUGUUUCUCGGUGGAUUCUUGGGAUUUGGAGAGGAUGGGAUACAAACUGUCGAGGGAUCGAGAUAAUGUGUGGUUCGAGGACGGCGAAGAUGAUACUUCGAGGUCAGCGGAAUCGUCGGUUGUUAUACCUUGUGGGUCUUGUUCUCUGCGAGUCCGGUUGUCGAUUGAGACGGGACUCAAAGUUCCAUUUGUUAGCAUCUGAGGUUCAAGCAGUCAGAGGGGAUUAGACCAAAUAAAGGUUGGAGAUUGAGAAUGUAAAGGAAGUGGAGGAAGCAGAGACAGCAAAAUGGGGUUGCUUGCUGCUUCUCCUGUGACGAAGAACGGAAGAAGAAGAAAGAUGGUAGAGAUUGAUUAGGACUUUGCGCUUGGCAGCAAGCCGCCUGGUAAGUCCAACGAAGCUAAGGCCAGGUGUAAUUAAUGUUGGUAGUUUUGCAUAUCAGGUUGGUCACUCCCAUGGUCCCAUUAAACUGAACAUCUCUAAACUCUUUUCUAUUGUCUGCGAUGAAAUUUCGGUGGCUUGAAGCACAUAGCCACAUACACAGGCACAACAUUGAAGCCACAUUUUUUUUGUUUCAAAAGCUUUGCUUUUCUUUUCAAUAUACACUAGCCGGAACGCAUUAGUCGUAGCCGCCAAAACCCUAGGCUUUUACCGCCUAAGGGGCAAUUGUUGGGCCGCGUAGUUGAGCGUACUUGGGCUUUGGGCCCAAGAGAAGCGGGUCGGAGUUGAAGGCCCAAUAAGGAGGCCAGGCCCGAUUGAAAGACCGGGUCAGCGGGCGGUCCAUGAUCGACUGCAAACCCGAGGGAAAGGCAAGGGCGUCUGACAUAAAGCAACUGAGCAUCGCAGAGGGGCAGAGAGCCGUUGAAGAUGCGUAUCUGGUGUCAGGCAAGACUGAGCAUUUAUUGCCCGCCACAGGCGGCCUGCAGAAAGGCUGAAAGCCUGCCCAGGGCGCCUGACAUUUCCCAAAAAGCCUGAAUGGGCGCCCGACCAGGUCCGAGGCGCCCGACACAGCAUUUAAUGCCCCAACCACCCUUCAGCCAGAUAUAAAUAGAGGGUGAGUGCAUUAAUGGUAAGGCCAACUACUAUCUCUCUCUCUAUGAUAAAUACAUUCUACCUCUACUUCUCUCUCUAACUUGAGCGUCGGAGAGUGUCCCGGGCAACCGCCCCGGACCCUUGUUUUGCAGGAUCUCUGAAGUCACUCCGUCAUCUCGAGAUAGGCGCCUCGCCCCAGCUCCACAAAACCGCCUAGUAUUUACUAGGCACAAACAAAAAGCAAUAUUUCUUGUUUUAUUACCAGAUCACCAGCGCAGAGAGAGAAAUAGAAAAUGAGAGGCGGAAGAAGGUACUUGAGGCCGGGAGAGCAAGAUCGAUAUGGUACUUUUCUCUUUAGUACCCUUCUUCUUCCUCUGUUUCUCCUUCCCUCGUUUUCUUCCAUCACAACGCCUCACUACAAUCUCCAUCGCUGCCAUCAUCAUCCCCCAUCGGCUCUGUGCUCUCGCCGCCCGCCUCUGUUCGGUGUUGCCGGGUGCACCCCUAAACCAACCCCAUCACCUCACCGUUUUUGUAACGCCGGAACGCCCCUACAAUCCACCAUCAUUGCACUUGUAGUCAGCGUUGAUCGCUAUGGAAGGAGGAGAAUAAGAAAUUGAAGGUGGGUUGCUUUUGUAAUUUUUUUUUUCUUCUUUGUGUGGUAGCGAGAGCUAGGUCGGUGAGAAAAGAUGAGAGAGAAGAAGAAAAUAGAAAAGGGAGAAGUUUGUGUGGCUGGGAAGAGGAGGUAAGAAUGAAAAGCAAUAAAAUUG